UUUUCCUGAUCUGCACCACAUGAAGUUUGAGAUUGAAGAUGGUACUACUGUCCAAGGAGAGAAAAUUCAGUUUGGCUAUGAUCCUCAGGAAUUUCCUAGCUUCAGUUGGAGAGGAUAUGUGCAGAUGUCCUCUAUACAACCAGAGGUGGUUAUGCCUAUCACUGUGGCUUCCCCUAAGCUCUUCCACCUAGUCCUCCACUAUGUCAGCCUGGGCUCAAAAAGCUCUAAAGGGAAGAUCUCAGUUGCUGAGGGAAAACAUAUUGGCACUAAUUAUACUUAGUGAAGUGAGGAUAACUUUGAAUGUGGAAAAAUCAAACCUCUACUUAUAUCGCAUUAUCCUGAGGUAUAUUAACCCUGGAGGGGGAACAUUAUCUGCUCGCAUAUCUGCUUGGCAGUCUCAGCCUGGAGCAGGGGCUGCUCAGAGCAAAGAGUUUGUCUUCCCACCCAGCAAGGAGCCAGCUUUUAUCACAAUCCCAGGAAAAAGCUCCACAGAGCCUUUCUCACUGGCUCCAGGCAUGUGGACUGUCAAUAUAAUUGCAGAGGAAGUCCUCUUGGAUUAUCUGGUGCUGUUACCUAGCGAUUACUACGAGGCAUCGCUGUUGCAGAUCCGCGUUACGGAGCCUUGUGCGCAUCCCGGGCCUGCUUCAGCAGAACACUGCUUGCUCUAUCAGCAUUUGCCCCUGGGCAGAUUUUCCUGUGUCCUUGGUUUGGAGGCAGUGCAUUUCAGACACGGGGGAGAGUCCAGAGGAAUACCUGUGCGACAGCCAGCUCCCAGUCAGCCUGUGAUGGCCCACAUCAGUGGAAGAGAGGUCAAUUUAGAGAUGACCAUAAAUGUUCCUCAAGUGGGUCGCUAUGUUCUGGUUUUUGAAUAUGCCAAUGAGGAGGAUCAGAUGAACACUGCAGAGGUAACAGUGCAUAGCCCUGGACCUGUCACUGAAGGCAGAGUAAGAAUAUACAGUUGUAAAUAUAGUUUCCUCUGUCGCAGCGUUGUAGUUGAUGACAGGAAUCGUGUCGCAGCCUAUGACCUUCUAGCAGACACAAAGAUACGUCUGAAGGCAUCAGCAAGUAAUUUUCUUCUGCACAAGGUCUGUAUUAUAUCAGCUGAAGAAUUUUCUCCAGAGUACGUGGAUCCUAAAGUACAGUGCAUAGCUGCUUACAGGAGUGAUGGAAGUGCAGCAUGCAUUCCCUCAGUUUUUGAGACUUCACCAGGAGCUUUGGUUCUGGAUGCAUUCAAAGAUGGGACAAUUUCUGAAGUACAGGAGAAUAUACUCUAUGAUCCAUUGAGUGCCACUUUACCUGCUGGUUCAGUUCAUGGAGUCACCUUCACACCAUUACAGAACCAGAUCACCUUGAGUGGCAGAGUGCCCCACUUGGGCAGAUAUGUAUUUGUGGUACAUUUUUAUCAGCCGGCACACCCGGUGUUCUCUGUACAAGUCCAUGUGAAUGCAGGACGUAUGUGGUCAGGUACUUUCAAUGCUUCAUUCUGCCCUCAUACUUCUGGUUGUCGGGUUCAGGUGGUUGCAGCAAACCAAAUUGAACUUGACAUUUCUGAAGCCAUGGUCUCUGUUACAGUGAUGAUACCCAAUGGGAAAACACUGGUUUUGGAAAAUAUCUUAGUUGUUCCAGCAGACACCUACAGUUACACAAUUCUUGACAAAAAGACAGUGGACAAGUCAUUUGAUUUUAUCAGCCAAUGUGGAGGAAACAGUUUUUAUAUUGACCCAAAGCAAUCAUCGGCCUUCUGUAAGGACUCUGUGAGGUCACUGGUGGCUUUCUACAACAACGGGGCCCUGCCGUGUGAUUGCCACAGCGCAGGUGCCACUAGCCCCAGGUGCAGCCCCCUGGGAGGGCAGUGUGCUUGCAGACCCAAUGUCAUCGGCCGCCAGUGCAGCCGGUGCCAAACCGGCUACUACGGAUUCCCGUUUUGCAAGUUGUGCAACUGUGGGCAGCGUCUUUGUGAUGACGUGACUGGUAAAUGCAUUUGCCCUCCACGAACUGUGAAGCCAAAAUGUGAAGUGUGUGAGAAAUAUUACUUCAGCUAUCAUCCCCUUGUUGGCUGCAAGAGCUGCAACUGCUCAGAAAAAGGAAUUGUUGAUGUGGCAAGCCCGGAAUGUGACAAAACCAGUGGACAAUGCAAGUGCAAACCAGGAAUAAAAGGACGUCGGUGUGAUCAGUGUGCUCCUGGAACUUAUGGUUUCCCUAACUGUGUGCCAUGUAGCUGUAACAGAGAUGGAACAGAGCCAGAUGUUUGUGAUCCCCAGACAGGAAUUUGUCUUUGCAAGGAGAAUGUUGAAGGUGCAGCAUGUGACACUUGCAGACCAGGAUCCUUUUAUCUGAACCCUUCUAACCCCAGGGGAUGCACACCUUGCUUUUGUUUUGGGGCAACCAGCAGCUGUCGCAGCACGGAUCGUCGUAGAACCAAGUUUGUGGAUAUGAGGAACUGGCGCCUGGAGGCAGUAGAUGAAAAUAUGGACAUUCCAGUCACUUUCAAUCCAGUCAGUAACAGUGUGGUGGCUGAUGUUCAAGAAUUGCCAGCUUCUGUGCAUAAUUUGUACUGGAAAGCACCACCAUCCUACCUGGGAGAGAAGCUUUCUUCAUAUGGUGGCUUCCUAAGUUACCAAGUGAAAUCUUUUGGCUUACCUAGCGAGGGCAUGGUUCUUCUGGAUAAGAAACCUGAUAUACGACUAACAGGCCAACAAAUGGAAGUUGUUUAUAUGGAUCCUAACAACCCACUGCCUGAUCGUCAGAAUUAUGGCCGAGUGCAGCUGGUAGAGGGCAGCUUCAGGCACGCCAGCAGCGCCGAGCCGGUAUCCCGGGAAGAGCUGCUGACCAUCCUGUCCAGGCUGGAUGGCUUGCACAUCCGGGCACUGUACUUCACGGAGACUCAGCGCCUGACGCUUGGGGAGGUCGGGCUGGAGGAGGCCACCAGCGAGGGCAGCGGCAGCGUCGCGCUCAGCGUGGAGACGUGCGCCUGCCCGCCGGAGUACGCCGGUGACUCCUGCCAGGAGUGCAGCAUUGGGUUUUAUCGUGAGAAUAAAGGAAUAUUUGCUGGACGCUGUGUGCCCUGCAACUGCAAUGGAAAUUCAAAUAGAUGUCAAGAUGGUACUGGAAAAUGUAUUGACUGUCAGUACAAUACUGCUGGGGAGAAAUGUGAGCACUGUAAAGAUGGUUAUUUUGGAGAUGCCACUCAAGGUUCCUGCCGGGAAUGUCCUUGCCCAUAUACAAACAGAUUUGCAGCAGGCUGUGUGGCAAAUGGUGAAGAAAUCCAGUGUCUCUGCAAGGAAGGCUACACUGGAGCUCGUUGUGAACGCUGUGCUCCUGGAUAUUUUGGAAAUCCACAAAAAUAUGGAGGCUUCUGUCAGAAAUGUAACUGUAACAAUAAUGGACAACUGGCUAGCUGUGACCACCUGACUGGAGAAUGUUUCAAUAAUGAACCAAAAGAUGUGGAUCCCAAUGAAGAUUGUGACUCCUGCGACAGCUGUGUGAUUACACUGCUGAAGGAUUUGAGCACAAUGGGUGAUGAGCUUCAGCUCAUCAAGUCUCAGCUGCAAAAUGUCCAUGCAAGUACCCACACUCUGGAGCAGAUGAGAGACCUGGAAACACGCAUCAAGGACUUAAAGGUCUUAUUGAAUAAUUACCGUUCUGCUGUUCAUAAUCAAGGUUCGAAGGUAGAUGAGUUGGAGACAGAAUUCAUUAAACUAAAUCGUGCUGUAAAUGCUCUCCAGGAAAAGGCUGAAAUGAACUACAAAGAAGCUGAGAGAUUAUUUAACAAUUUUGGCCAAACUCAUCAGAAAGGAAAGGAUUUGGUUUCACAAAUACAAGUGGUGGUCAACAAUAUACGAGCACUCUUGGAACAGGUAGCUGGCACAGACGCAGAAGGCAACAACCUGCCCCUGGGAGAUGCCUCUGAGGAGCUGGCUGAAGCUCAGCGCAUGAUGGCCGAGAUGCGGAGCCGCAACUUCGGCCAGCUGCAAGCUGAGGCAGAGAAGGAGCGGGCGGAAGCUCAGCAGUUACUGGCACGCAUUAAGAAUGAACUACAGAAGUAUCAGCAAGAGAAUCGUGGGCUUAUUAAAGUUGUGAGGGAUGCACUGAAUGAGUAUGAAUCCAAAAUCGCUGACCUUCGUGAAGCUCUGAAUGAUGCGACAGCUCAAAUCAAGCAGGCUGAAGGCUUAAACAGAGACAACACAGUUCUGUUAGAAGACGUUAAGAAACGGAUUGAGGAGACAACUGUGCAACAGAAUGGUGUCUUGAAUAUUCUGAGCUCAGCCCGAUCUUCCCUGAUGCAAGCUAAGAGUGUGCUUGGAUUAUUGCAAGAGAGCAAAGAGGAAUAUGAAAGCCUGGCUGCUCAGCUGGAUGGAGCAAGGAAGGACAUGAAUGAAAAAGUGGCAAAUCUCUCAUCAGCAAGCAAAGAACCACUGGUGGUGAGGGCCGAGGAACAUGCCAAAUCUUUGCAAGAUUUGGCAAAGCAACUGGAAGAAAUAAAGAACAGUGCCCGGAAGGACGAGUUGGUGGGCUGUGCUGUGGAAGCUUCUACUGCCUAUGACAAUAUCAUUGGUGCCAUCAAGGCAGCAGAGGAGGCAGCCAGCCAAGCUGGGAAAGCAGCUGACUCAGCUUUAUCAACUGUGAAGAGAGAAGACCUAUCAGGAAAAGCUGCAAGGUUAAAAACUGAGAGCAGUGCACUGAUGGAUCAAGCACAGGAGACUAAAAGGACUUUGCAAGCUCUUGGUCCUAACCUUGAAGACCUAAAGCAAAGACUUGAUGUCGCUGAUGGAAAGACGAAUUCACUGAAAAUUGAUCUUGUCACUGCUCAAAACAAUCUCAAUGGGAUAAACAGAGGUGACAUCGACAGCAUCAUCAGCAGUGCAAGGAACAUGGCAGAAAAUGCCAACUCUGUCACCAAUAGUGUGUUGGGGGAACUGGUCCCAAUCGAAGCAGAAGUGGAAAGAAUUAAGAGUAACUAUGGGAGCACACAGAGUGCCAGCUUCAAUAAAGCACUGAUGGAGGCAAACAACUCAGUAAAAAAUCUGACAAACCAACUUCCAGAUCUGUUCAGCAAGAUCAAGAGUAUCAACCAACAGCUGAUGCCAAUCAGCAACAUCUCUGAGAACAUAAAUCGCAUAAGAGAGCUGAUUCAGCAGGCAAGAGAUGCUGCAAAUAAGGUUUCUAUUCCCAUGAGGUUCAAUGGCAGCUCUGGUGUAGAAGUUCGACCUCCAAGCAACCUUGAAGAUCUAAAGGGCUAUACUUCUCUUUCCUUGUUUAUCCAAAGACCAAAGCAAAGAUCAGACACCCAGCAGAGGGCAAAUAGGUUUGUCCUGUACCUGGGUAAUAAAAAUGCUUCCAAGGACUACAUUGGUAUGGCUGUGAAAGAUGGUUACCUUACUUGUGUCUAUAACCUGGGAGGUGGUGAGGGAGAGGUGAGAGUGCAGUCACUGGUGACUCUAAGCAACACUGAGGAAGCUGUUAUGGAUCAAGUUACAUUUGAAAGGAUUUACCAGUAUGCAAAGCUGAAGUACAUCAAAGCAGCAACAUCAAUUUCUCCAGUUAAUGAAAGCCCUAGGAGUGCAAGCAGUGGAGACAGUGACAUGCUCCUCAAUCUUGAUCCCAGAAGUGUUGUCUUUUAUGUUGGAGGAUACCCACCAGAUUUUAGGCCUCCAGAUAAUCUCAACUAUCCUCGUUAUGAAGGCUGCAUUGAAUUAAACAGCCUAAAUGAGCAUAUUAUCAGCCUCUAUAACUUCAAGAGGACUUUUAAUCUCAACACCACUGAAGUGAAACCCUGCAGAAGGUAUAAAGAGGAGACUGACCAAAGCUAUUUUGAGGGCACUGGUUAUGCCAGUGUCACAACAGGAGAAAGAAGCGCCCAACAAGUACGGUACGAGCAGACAGUUGAGACCACUGCAGAUGAAGGCAUCGUGUUCUUUGCAGCAAAUGGGGAUCAAUUCAUCAGUGUGCUCAUUAGAAAUGGUCGUACAGUUCUUAGAUACAAACUUGACUCUGAGACUCCAAAAGAAGUAGUAGACGACAAAAUUGUAAAUGAUGGAAUAUAUCAAAUUAAUUUGGUGUUUGACCGAAGAAACAAAGUUGUGUAUGUCAGUCCUGGUAUUAGAGCCAACAUACAAGUCUUCAAGUUCACUGAGUACUACCUAGGUGGAGUUCCAUCUUUUCUACGGGAACGCUUUAAUAUAUCCACACCUGCAUUCCGGGGCUGCAUGAAGAAUGUGAAAAACCCAAGCACUGCAUCUGUUGUUUUUGAUAAGACUUUUGGUGUCAGCAAGAAAUGUUCAGAUGACUGGAAGCUUGUCAGGUCUGCAGCUUUCUCCAAGGAUGGGACACUGAGCCUGAGUUCAGCAGAUUUCCCAUUUCCAAAGGAUUUCCAAGUUGGCUUUGGCUUUCAGACAACAGCUUCUACUGGAACACUCUUAAAUUACAAUCUACGGCCUGAUGUUCUUUCCAUCUUUCUGAGUCCUGGCUCUGUAACUGCAAAGAUACGAGAUAAAGAAAUUAAACUGGAAAAGAAAUAUGAAGAUGGGUCAAUACAUUAUGUGACAGUAAUAAAAACAGGCAACAGAGUACACCUGAUGGUUGAUGAUGAGUCAAGAGCAGUUGACUCUCCCAUGUCCUCAAACUCACGGCAAUCAAACAGACCUAUAAAGUUUGGUGGAGAUAAUUUCGAAGGUUGCAUCUCAAACAUCUUUAUUGAAAGGGCAGGUCAGCUCCCCGAGGUUCAAAAUCUUGUUGCUAAUACUGGGAAGACUGGUGUAUCUCUUGGAGCUUGCCAGAAAUAUGAAAACCUUGAACCAAUGCUGCUGCAGGAAUUUAAAAAUCCUCUUAGGCUUAAGAUGCUCAAGAAUGAAAAAUACCUUGAUUAUUUGAAAGCUGCUAACGUGCAAAACCACACUUUACCAGCUCCAUUACAUGACAGCAGUGAAGCAUAUCUCCUUGGAAGCACCCCCAACAGUUUCAUAUCCUACAUGUUUUCUCCAUUGUUAUCUACAGACAGGUUACAUUUCUCUGUAGAUGUACGGACUCGAUCAUCGAGAGGAUUAAUAGUUUUCAUGGAGGAAAGCUCUGAGGACUCUUACGUGGCUCUCCACAUUUCAAAAGGGCGUUUUGUCUUUUCAUUUGGCUCUGGAGAAAAACAAAUCAAAGUCAAAACCAGUAUUAAAUACAAUGAUGGCCAAUGGCACACUGUGGUCUUCAGCACAGAUGGGAAGAACGCCCGCCUUGUCGUUGAUGGUCUAAGGGCCCAGCACAGAAAAUUGGCAACAAAUUCUGCCAUCAGCAUUAAACCACCAGUCUAUGUGGGAGGGCUGCCACCACUGAAGAGACAGACUAUGCCAAUGAAGAGUUUCAAGGGCUGCCUAAGGAAUUUUAAGAUUAAUGGAAAAACCAUGAAUGCACCUCAACAGAAAAAUGGCGUACUUCCAUGUCUUGAUGUUCCCAUGGACACAGGGAUUUACUUCUUUAAUGAAGGAGGACAUAUCACCAUUGGUAAUUUGCUGAUGAAUUUGGAUUUCAGGAUUGUAUUUACCAUUCGACCAAGGAGUUCCACAGGUGUACUCCUCCAUGCUGGAAGCAAGCAAGACAGCUACUUGACUGUUUACAUGAAGGGAGGGAAGGUGAUUGCUGCUGGAAAUAGUGAUGCUGGAGAAUUCCACGCAUCAGUCACACCUAAGAAACCUCUGUCUGAUGGGCAGUGGCAUACCAUUGCAGUCUCUCAGAAGGAGAACACAGUGCAGCUAGAGGUGGGCACACAGAGUAACUAUACCACCGUACUUCAACCCUCUCCUCCUAGACGCAUCUAUCAGCCACUCUACUUCGGCAAAAUUCCAGCAAAUUUGGACACCUCAUGGCUUCCAGUAGAAGACCCAUUUUUUGGCUGUCUUCGGAGUAUUACCAUCAAUGACAAACAUGUCUCCAUCAGGAGAAUUUCAGAGGUUCAUGGUGCAGUGAACUUGCACGGAUGCACAGAGAAGUAACUGUGCUGUUACAGUCAUUGUACACACACCAGGCUGGGUCUGCUGAAGAGCUGUGUGGAUUCCCCUUUGCUGAUCAGCAUCAGGCUGCUUCUUCUGAACAGCUGGUGAGCAAAUGCAUCCUCUGGAUGUGGACUGUGCCAAAGCAAACAAAAUGUAUUUGCUUUGAUAAACUCCUUUUUAAAUGUUAUUGAUUUCCAAGGUUGUGCCUUUGGAGAUAUAUGCAGAAAAUGUAAUUGCAUAUACCCUACUGGGCCAAAUUCUGCUCUCAUCCACAACAGCAGAGACUUGAGCAACUCCAGUGUCUUAAUUUUGGUAAUUUUCCUUAUUGUUGGCCAUCUUGAGAGCAAAUUUGAUCCAUUAAUAUAAAGAAUUUUAUAAAGAAUAUAAAUCUCUUUGGAUUGUUGCUUAUACAGAAAUGUACAUUGAUGUUAAAAGUAAUAAUAAUAAUAUAAAUGGAGUUUAAAGCACUUUAAGGAGUGAAACUCUGGGGGUUUGUUACAAAGUUAGGAAUUGCGGGACCAAAUAAAUGCAGUAUGUUCUUAAAACCUUUCAUUUUCUUGUUUGGUUGUUUUAACCCAGUAGGUUUUUAAUGUUCUUUUUAGAAGCUGCUAAAUCCUGCUUGCUUUGUGCAAAUAUUUCUGCAGGUUUAAGAUGUUGAUUUGCCUGAAUAAGCAGGUAUCCAUCAUUUCUGCAUCUCUGCUCAUCACAAUUUGAUUAUCUAAAAAUCUCAAAAAGAGGGUAAUUUUUUUGCAAUCUUCAGAGACAGAGAGUCUCUUCCAUAGGCAAUUUUUUCCUAAUGAAAUGAAUAAAAGUUUUAUCAAGAAUAGCAGCAGCAUCUGCUACAAUUAUGUAGCACAAACUACUGGACUAACCCAGCAAAACUGCUUUCUUCAACAUUCAAAUCUUUGUUUUGUACCUGACUGUGACCCACAGUGGAGAGCAGGGAACUCAGUUUGUUUUAUUCUUCUGAGAAGAAUGCUGGACUGUAUAGAGUUGACAUGGCUUCUUUUUCCACUGUCAUUCAGAAUCAGCAUUUUGAUAAUGUUUUUUUAUCCCCAAUCCCUGAUUCUAACCCUCUUUUGCAAAAUGAAAAAAUAAAAAAAAGAAAACAUUUUCUAAGGCUGGUCCUCAAUGUAGGAAGGCAAGCAGACAAAUUCUCCUUCACUCCUAAUGCUCCUACUUUCCACUGGCUUCUUCUCAAUGUACAGCAGCCUGUCCUCGAUGUGUUUGAAAUGAAGGGCAAGCUGGACUAAUAGAAGCAGAUGCCCCAUCAAUAGCCCUUAUGGCUUUGGUCAUUAAUCCCUUUGCAGCUUUGCAGGGUAGCAAAAGUGUCAGGAAGCUGUUCACACCAAAUCUUGUGUUGCUUUCUCUUGUAUGGCAACUUUUUCACUGGCGAAUCUGUGUCCAAGCAGAGGUUUCAGACAUGUAAAGCCAGUUUUGGUGGGCAUGGGAUGCAUGCCAGGGCUCAGGGGGAGAAGGAUUGAAAUGUAAUGGCAGAGCACCCUCCUUAUAUUACACAUAUUCUCCUGUACAGCAGUCUGCCAUAUGGGACAGCAACAUCCAUCAGACUGGAGGUGAUGGGUUCAGGAAUAAUCUCUUGUGAUAGCAACAACUGAAUCCUUCCUAUUUAGAAAAGCUCAAAUACCCAGUUGACCAAAUCUGUGAAAAUACUCUAUUCAUUUACUGGCCUGAAUUGACACUAAUAGUUUCCAGAAGGAGAAAGGAAGAAUAAUCAAAUUUUAUCAUGCAAUUCUCUAGUAACCUUCCCUAUCUUAUGCUCAUCAGACAAAUCUGCGAGGCAGAUUUUCCCAAAUCACAAAAAAAGCACUUUUUCAUUCUUCUCUUACCCCACUCAGUAAAACAAAGACAAAAACCAUGGCAAAGUUUUUUGCAUCACAGCCUGGAGCCAGUCCUGGAUUCCAAUUCCCUUCCAUUUGAUUUGAUUUUAUCAUAAGUAUUUUUAAUGCUGACAA